CACGUGACUAGUGCAAAAAAGGGGAGGACGUAUGGUGGUGAUGCCAAUGACGCUAGCCAAUGCCUUAGGUGUAAUUGGAAUCCCGAGAAAGACCAGAACUUGUCAGCAAAGACCGUUGUUUUGGAGCUUAUUAUGUUGUAUCCAGAAUUUCCUGUUUCUCCAAUGGCGGCAGAUCUGUGCAGCUCUUUCUCCUAAAUCCCCAGAGUAUUGGUGUUUAGUGAACGUAUCCCGCAUUCCCGCUUAAUGACUGAUUGGCACCGGCUCGCUGUUAAUGUUCACCAGGUGAUUGGGAGAAAAGUUUUAUCACAACAAUUGUUUGCUUUAUGUUGGAGCUUAUGUGCAUUGUAUGGAUGAUAAUAGAAGGAUUGGGUGUAUGCCUGGGUUUUUCCAGCUUUUCUAUCGUCAUCACAUUUUAGCCGGCAAGAGACUGCAUACCACUAAGCUUCUCACACCCUUUACAGAGGUUGAUGACAGCACAUCAGAACCGGAAAAUACAACCCCACCACCGGAAACCUGGAAAGGAUCGGCAGAAGGAUAUCCAUCUAAAGUGGUGGCAGUGCCACCUAGUCCCACAAAACGAUCCAGAGAGUCUCCUUCAUCAUCGUUCAGUUCAGUUAUAACACCUUUGAUAUCUCCACGCACUCUUCCAAUUUUUGAAGUGAAAGAUGGGGCAAGGCCUUCUUGGAAGAUCCAUAAAGAAGCUCCUAGGCUCUCACUUGACAGCCGAGCCACAGUUGACUCUAAAGGAAGCCUUCAACCGAAGGAGCUCCAACAGCCAUCUUCAUAUAUAUCAGCAAGCCAUAGUGGAAUUGCUAAAGACAAGGUUUUUACUAGUGAUGAUGAUGUCAAAGCUCGCCGACAUCCGAGUGUCAUUGCAAAGCUGAUGGGACUUGAGGCAUUGCCACAAUCCGUUUCAGAGACCGCACAUGGAGCUGAGCUGAGAAGAUCUGCUUCAGAGUCAAGAGUUUCAACAAGAGACUUGUUUAACUGCCAUACAAUUGAUGGAAAUGACUUUGAGCUCAAGGGAACCAACCACUUGAACUCUCACAUGCCAAAUUGUGUAGUGGUAGAUAAUGUUGAAAUCGACAAUAGGAAGCCUAUGUCAAGAGCUUUAAGUUCAACAUCAUGGAGCCCACCACAAUACCGUAAAAGCUUUUAUGAUAGACUUGACGUUUUUCCGGACCCUAAACAGACAGCCCCACUUCACGUAGAUAUUGACAAGAGACUUGAUGGACCUUCUAAAGAUCUAGAGACGUUGAAGCAAAUUUUAGAGUCCUUGCAACUCAAAGGACUCCUACGUGCCAAAAAGCCUUCUGGGAGAAUUGAUCAGCUCAAUGUCAUAUAUGAUGAUCCAAGAUUCUCUUUUGAGGAGUCUCAGAUAGUUGUGAUGAAACCUUCCAGAUCCAUCUCAUCAAUCAACAGAAAGGAUAUAAAAUCCAGUGAUGGCAGUUUGAGGUGUCCAAAUUCAGUAAUAAGCCCCAGGGGUCUGAAUGUUGACCCCCAACAAAGAGAGAGAGAGCCAAUUCAAAAUCAAAAGUUCUUUCCCUUACAGUCACAUAAAGGUAUUUCCAGGAGUAUAUCCGAGAAAAAUAUCAUAAAACAGUCGGGGGCUAAAAAUCCAUGGGAACAUGUUCAUCAGGAAGAUGAGAUCACAACCCUUGCUGCGGAAGAGAGAUUGAAUAGAGAAGAGAACAAUGAAGGAAGAAGCCUUUUGAAGAGGUGUGACAAGCUGAUUCAGAGUAUUGCAGAGAUGACAGCAACAGAUCUGCAACCCAGCCCAGUAUCAGUUUUGGACUCCUCAUUCUACAAAGAUGAGUCACCAUCUCCUUCUCCCACAAGGAAGCGACGCAUUGGAUUCUUAGGCGACUUCAGCAAGGAGAUAUCAACAACCGAAAUUUCACCGGUCCAAUUGAAGUCGGAUGAUGCAGCCUUUGACUCUGAUUUUAGCUAUAUUGCAGACAUUGUUAAGGCUUCACAUUACCUCCCCAAAGGAUCAGACAUCUUUUUACUUCUGGAGAAACAACAUUUUUUCAAACGAGAAGACACAUCCAAAAAUUGUAGACUGCAAAGAAGGCUGAUCUUUGGCACUACCACAGAGAUUCUUAAUAGGAGUGAGAAACAACUGCCUCCAUGGAAAGUUUAUUCAUGGCCAAACUGUAUUUAUGCAAAUUCAUCCACAGAAAAGGUACUGUCGGAGUUCCAAAGAAUCCAAGAAAGGGGAAGUUCAGAUGACUUGUUUGAGAUCAUUUGCACUGCUUUAAAAAAAGAUCUGGCGCAAGAUGGUGUUAAUGGCUGGGCAGAUUGUCCGGUUGAGAUGUCAGAGGCAGUUUUGGACAUAGAACGGCUUGUAUACAAAGACUUAAUGGGAGAAGCAAUCCGUGAUCUUGCAUCAUUUGCACCACCUCGUAGGAAAUUAGUCUUUUGAACUGAGAGAUGCAGGGAUCAAACUAAUAGAAGCUGACUGACUGCUUCCGUUAUAUGCAUCCUUGUGUUCCAGUUAUACAUCUGCUUUGCCGCAUUUUAUUUGGCGAGUUCUGAGUUGGAGUCAGCUGGCUUUCGAAUAAUCUUACACAUGCUUAGGCGCCUAGUUGACUUCCAUUUACAUCCCCUUCGGCUUUGACAAUAUUGUAUGCACUUUGUGUUUGAUUUUAGCUACUACUUUUAAUGGCUAGCUAACAGACCCUUCCAACAGCUAGAUUUGAAUUAGGUUUAAAUAAGUAGCGGUUAGAUAGGGUGUGGUAUGAUCCUAGUUAAUCAAAAUAUGUUUGUGUGGUCUGGUUUGUUUAAGUCUGAAUUAGUUUGAUUUGACAUUAUGUCAACUUUAAUAUUAUUAUAUUUAUGAAUAAUAGUGUAACAGAGUUCACAUUAUAGUUAUUAUAAGAAUACAGAUUUUAAUUUCCC